AUGUUCCACCUGUUAAGGAACUUGAAAACAACCUACAAGAAACAUGCCAAGGAAUACAGUGUACAUUUCUUUGUUGCAGCAACCACGUACACAGAAAAGAAAUUCGAAUAUCAUAUGAAGGAGCUUGACAAAUUGGAUAAGCGUAUAAGGCCUUAUUUGCAAAAAAAAAUGGAUAUCAUAAAUGGUCAAUAUUCUACUUCAAAAAAAAAGGUACUCGGUAAUGACUUCCAAUAUUUUGAGUCACUUAAUGCAGCCACCGUGGCUGCUAAAGAAGUACCUGUCACAACACUUUUGGAGUGUUUGCGUGGAUUACUCCAAGAUUGGACAUACACUAAUAGGAAACUAGCUCAACAAACAAUGACAAGAUUGACACCAAUUGCAGAACAAACACUCACCAACAACUUUGUAUACUCUUUGAGAUUAACUCCAACAAAUGAAUAUCUGUUUGAGGUAUUUAAAGAAGAUAAGUCAUGGAUUGUAAAUCUUAAAGAACGAAUCUGCACUUGCAAUAGAUUUCAAAAGGAUGAAAUGCCAUGUGGUCAUGCUCUUGUUGUGAUGAAGGAGAUGAACAUAGACCCCUAUGAUUAUUGUUCACAUUACUACACAACAAAAGUAUGGCUAGAAACAUACGAUGCAACUGUGUAUCUAGUAGGGAAACAACAACAUUGGGAAUUACCAGACCUUUUCAAAGACAUCAUAGUGUUGCCUCCAUUUGAAAGAGUGAAGAUUUUGGGACAUAUGCAUCAGACUGAUAUUAAGUCAUAA